CGGAGAGCUAACGGCGGAGCUGGGAAACGAAUGAGCUCAGGGACCUCUAAGGCGGACACGAGCUGCAGUAUCCUGUGCGGGGAUGGCGGACGGGGCGGAUCUAAUUGAUAUUUAUGCUGAGGAGGAAUUUAUUCAGGAAACAGAAUUUGCUGCAGAGCAGAUAGAUUUAUAUGAUGAUGUGCUGGCAGUCACAGCACCUCCUAUGUCACACAUGGAUGGGAACAGAAGUAUUCUAGAUCCAUCCUCUCCUGCACAAGCAUCUCCGAAAUCCAACAACAAAUCCCCAGCGAUUCUGUACACCUACAACAAUUCCCGCAAGAAGGCGUCCAUAUGCGUUGGGCAUUUUCCAUGGUGGACAACAGAUGAACAGCUGCUUGCUGUGAUCCGUUCCGUGGGAAUACGGGACCCUGUGGAAGUGAAAUUUGCAGAAAACCGAGCAAAUGGACAGUCUAAAGGGUUUGCGGAGGUGAUUGUUUCAUCAGAAGCUACCAUGGUGCAACUUCUAGAGCUGCUGCCUGAAAGAAAACUGAAUGGAGUGAAGCUGGAUGUGCGACCUGCAAAUCGCCAGAACCUGUCUUUCUUUGAGGCCUUAUCACGCAAGAAAAUUCCCCCGCGAGCCAAUUCAAAGGGCUCUGUGGAUUCUGCUGAUGGCGCUUCAACACCCACCGAUCCUUCUUUAAUGUCCCCAAGUCCAGAAACCCCUAAAACUGUUAUGCCUUUUUUUACGCACCCACCAAUGAUGGAACACCCUUCACGCUUACCUCUUAUGCCAAUGCCUCGUCCCCCUAUGUCCAUUCCUCCCCCUCCAUCUCCUGGGAUCGCAACUGCAUACAGAGGACCUCCAGUUCCUACAAUGCACUACCCCCACCUUAUGCCACCACCUCCAAGGGUACCUCCACUAUUAAGCUUAGCUCCUCCAAGUGGUGUGCCUCCUGCUCUUCAUUUAAACCCGGCAUUUUUUCCACCACCUAAUUCCAUCUUGGGACCCCCACCUGAUCCAUACAAGAUGGUCCGCAACCCAUACGCUUAUGGCCGAGAAAUGAAGAAUUCUCUUCCCAAUGUAAGUGAGGCAGAGUUUGAAGAAUUAAUGAACCGGAACCGAGCAAUAUCCAGGAGUGCUUUAUCGAAUGCAGUGUCUGGAGCAACGUCAGGUGAUUACACAAAUUCUAUAAAAACUCUAGAAACAGCCAUCGCUGUCAUAAAAGAAUCUCGCGUUGCCAACGAUGAACGAUGUCGUGUUCUACUCACCUCUCUUAAAGACUGUCUGCGAGGCAUAGAAGACAAGGCCAAUUCUUCCAGAAAGCGUCACCGAUCUAGAGAGAGAUCCUCAAGCCGUUCCCGGGAAAGCAGCAGUCGGCGGCACAGAGACCAUGAGGAUCGAACAGAUGAUUAUUAUCAUGAUCGUCACCGUGAGAGAGACCGCCAUCGCUGAGAGGUUAACUCCAGGAUGCAGCAUUUUUUUUUUUUCAUUUUUAUUUUAAUUUUUUUUAAAUAAGACUCAUUUUUUUGUGUGUCUGUGAUUUAAUAAUGAUGCCAAGCCCGGCCCACUAGUUACCAUCAUACUUGCAGUCCCUCCAGGAUUUUGUUCCAUUUGACACAGGAACCGACAAGUCUUCUCAAAGCGCUGAGCUCUCCUGCCUGAAAUGUCAACAGGAAAUUCACAUAGAAACAGUCUCCACUUAACAGACUCAAAAUGUUUCUCUCUUGCGUUUUUUGUGAUUGCCACAAGACGAUUAACGCUGCUUUCUUAGAAAGCAGCCCUGUGGUUUAUUUCUGGCUAUCGUUUUGCUUGUAGUAUUUUACUGUGCGUUUUUGUUUUGUUUUUUGUUCCCUGUAUUCCUUUCCUUUAGCGCCUCAUCUGGAGAAUACCUUGUAUAAAGAUGUAUGCUUCUAUAUCACCUGCCCUUCACAUUAGUAUGCUCCGUCUGCCUGUUUGUCUCUCGUGUGACUGGUGUGUUGGCUAUGGAUGUGUUGAUUACCGUUAGGCUGACUAUGUGUGAGAGGAGUGAUAUGUCGGUUUAUACCUUCCCUUGCGCCAUCCCUCAGUGUUUAUCAUUUGGGUUGGUUAAGAGGCAACAAAAGCCUGCUGUGAUUUGAACUAAUUUCCUUUAGGGAAUGGUAGCAAGGACUUUAGUUUUUUUUGGUUUUUUUUUAACAUAUCAAAAGUUUUAGUUGUUUGUCUGGAGGGGGGCACUGUGUAAACCUAUGGGAAACACUUGUGUAUCCCCCACCCCCCUCUAGCGCCCACCCAGCAGGGAAUCUCCCCUCCUUGUCACCAACAUUUGCACCUUCUGUUGAUUCUCCUCGCUUGGAAAUUGUGGAAUAAAGUUGAUUAUGUAUAUCUUUUACAUGUCUUGUCUAAUUUGUGUGUUAAGGAUUUCUGUAAGAUCAUUGUUUCUUAGUACUUUUUCCUCUUGUUCAUGUUAUAUUUGUAGUGUCACUUUAAAGGGACGUUGUACAGUAAAAUUGGUUUACCCUUAAUGUGUUCUCAAUUACUUGUUAUACCAUUGCAGAGUAUAAAAUGUAUGGGAAAAUGCUCCUUUAGGUUUUUUUUGUAUAUGAAAAUUCGUUGAAGCCUCAAUCCGGUUUCCUCAAGAACAUGCGCCUAUUAAAUGGACUAAGCCUGCAGAAAUAGGAGACCUCCUAAUCUUAUCUAUCCAUAUACCUGUGCACCAUGACCAGUAGAGCAAAUGAAAAGGACAUUUUUAUUAACUCUCUCUUCUAUACCCUACUUGGAACUUAAUUGCUGUUUGCAGUAUCUUGUUUGCAUAUCUUUUCUAUACAGAAUACUAAAAUACUCAUUUUUUCAGUAUAGGUGUGGAUACAGCUGCCAACAGCAAAAUAAAGCUUAAGGAGCUAUUUGUAAACAUCUGGAUACUCUCUAGCCAUGUAAAACAGAUCAUUUGGAACACAUUAAAUAUCAGAAAUAUUUACAGUACCUUUUAAAGGGACAUAAUAGUUAAUAAAAAACAAAUUUGUUGAGUAUGGGACAUAUUUGUUAAAUGAAAAGGUUUGUUAACUACAGUAAUGUAACAAAGGGACAUCAAAUAAAUAAACCAUUCUACAUCAA